UCUCUCGUGCAACGUUCUGUCCGUCUAUUCGUUGUCAGUCACAAUUUGGCUGUUGCUGGAUGUCGCAUCGCGAUUUGUUCACACGAGCGGAUACGUAAAAUGGCGAAGUGUGAUUGUUAUUUACUCGCGGCGAUCACAGCGAAGUAAAACACGAAGGAAAAAGUGAAUCAAGGCGCACGGCAAAUUCGCUCAUGCGACUCUGACUACACGUGUUAGUGAAUCAACGUGUACGUCGUUAUACCACACACAAAUCCUUCUACAGACAUGAUAUUGAUGAGUUGGUCCAACUCAUUAUAUUAGCAGCAAUCGGUCAUUAUUAAUUGAGAAAGGAUCAUAUUUGCGAGCAAUUAAGUCUUAAGUAAUAUGGCACAAUAUUUUAACGUUGUGACCAAUGCCAGUGGUACUUUGACAUUUGAAGAACUACCAAGAGUUUGUACUGUAGAUGGACAACAAGUUCAGUUAGUUGUUGAGGAUGUUAAUAACGGCGGUAAUGGUUCGCAACAGUUUGUGACUUGUACUGCUACACCUCAAAACAGGCAGGCAAUAUUUACCCCGCAAACUAUAAAUUUAGGCAAUCAAAUAACUGCAACGCGAUUGGAACAAGGGCAAAAUGUUUUUAUAAUCAAAACGAAUGAUUUAGCCCAGGAAAUAAUAAAAUCUAAUACCGUGAAUGUUAUUAAUGAAAAUAUCGUGGGCUUUGUAGAUAGCACUGAGUGUAAAAAUGAUGGACAACAAAUACAAUGGAUAAAAAUGCAAAAUGCUAGUACUAUUGCAGCGACGAAACAAAAUACGUUGUUACAAGAAAAUAACCAGACUGCCAUCUUAACUAAAAAUCAUAUACAAAAUAACAUUACAUCAUCGCCACCUGUCUAUGUAAAUUCAGGCUCGGUCAAUACCGGGCAAACAGAGAAGAAUCUACCGAAAUUUUGUCCGAAUCAAAAUCAACAAUUAAACAGUGUACAAGUGGGUGUAGCGUCUCAAAGCCCAGAUGGAAUAAACGUACUAACUACGAUGGAGAAUCGGAUACAAAACUCCACUCCGAAAUCUGCGGCGUCUGUCUGCGGCAAAACUAUCCGUCCAAAGCUGGGACAGAAUUUGACUGUCGUAAGACCGGUCCGUAUUCCUAAUAGCCCGAGUGUGCCGUACGUACGGCCUGUAGCCGUAGUUACUCCUGAAAUGUCUAAAACACCGAGGAUGCGAGAUAUAGAGCACUUGCACGAACAGAUCAAGCAAGCGAAAAUCAAGCAAAUGCAAUCGCAAAGACAGUCGCACGUGGAGAAACAAAGGCUUUCACAAAAUAACGCACAACGACAACAACAUUCUAAUGCAUCGCAGCAGCCCAUUCAAACCCCACCGAAUAAUCCGGCACGUCGCCCAUUAACCUCGAACUCGGUGCAACAAAGAACGCAACAAGUUGCGCGCUCUACGCAGGGCUCACAAGUUAUGCGCGUUAAUACUAAUGCAGACGUUAAUCCUCCGGAUUGCGUACAAGAGAAAGGACAUGUAACACGACAGUCUUCCUCGCCACGAUCAGAACACGAGACCAACAGCUCGAGUGAGAGCGUCGCUUAUCUCCAAAAAACUAUUAAUGACCCAACAAGCGCCAUAGUUCAGGAUCAAAUUAAAGCAAAUACAGCGAAGAUGUUAGUAAUGUUAGCUAGCGGUGAACAGAGAUUGAUUACCUUUGAUCUACCGACCGAUGAUUGCACUGUACACGAUCUAUUAGAACAGUUGAGCAUUUCGUCUGGUUGUGAAACAGUAGUCUCCUUGGUGGAUGAUCCUACACUAGGUAUAAACUACAUAGUGGAGACAAAUGCUGUUGCAUUUGGGACACCCCACGAUAGCAGUGAUCAUAGUGAUUGUAAUUCUUCUCAGGAAACUGUAAGCUCUACUACAGCCAAUGAAAAUUUAUCCCAAAGCACUAAUGCAUCAGAUGAAAACAGUAAUACUGCUUUAACGACUAAUGAGGCGCCUAUUUUGGUCAAGGGAAUGCUUGCUCUCUGUCCACACUGCGGCUACAGUUCACUUCACUUCAACCGAUGUGAACGAUGUAAUACAAAAUUAACUGAGGAAGUCAAGUCGAUACCCAUAGAAGAAAAGAAGGCGACUGGGAUGUCUGUCGAUAUGUUCUAUAAGAAAAACAACGAGCGAAAAUUGGAGAAAGCAGAGCGAGACGGUCCCACGAGCAAGCGACCCAAAGGAAAGGGUAAAGGCGCAGCUUCAAAACCAAAGCUUAUUCAUAAAGAGCCAGAAUGUUUGACGAUAUCGUCCGACGAGGAAGAAGAGGGCAGGGCUAAAAAAAUAGGAAAUAUAAAUAGUGAUGCAGCCGUAGGCAAUGCGAAUAACACUUUUGACGAGGAAGUGGAUACAAUUUUGGAUAAAGAACCAAUAAUUACAAACAGCACGGUUUCUAGUUCAUAUGAUGAAAAUAGUAUAAGUGACAAUGAAAGCUUGUUAGAAAAUGGGGAAUUACCGGAGACUGCUCUACAAUGUCGAACAGUCAGAAUAGGAUCUUAUAAGUAUAUUCCUCGAGAGAAAAUAGUAAUUACUCACAAUGGCAUAAGAUUUAGCGUACCUUUGUUAGAAGACGAUACAAGUUUUGUUACGUUGGAUGUAAAAUAUCGAGAUAUAAUUAAGUUAUUGAUUCAUUUCGGGAAAUCCAUGCCGGUGCUGUUCUUUUACACGACCACGACUACAGGAGCCAUGAUACGUGAAUUGUUAGGGAUGCAAGAUCCAAAGGGACCGUAUUACGAUCCUGCUGGGAAAGAUCACACGCAUAAGCGUAUCACGUUAUUACCAGACAGAUUGGAGGAUGAUUCAAAGGCUAAAUUACUAUGUUUGUUUUCACGGGGCGAUAAAAUACAGGAAUUAAAUCCUAAAGAGGCAAAUGAUGUACUUCUACGGGCAUCCCCUAAGGACUGUAUAAGGAAAGUGAAUCAAAGCUUACCAAAUGUUGGAAAUCUCACUGACAGCAUACAAACAAUAACCGUAUAUCCACCACCACCUGCAAAAGGAGGAAUAGCUAUUAAUACCGAAGAUUACUUAUGCCUUGCCGAAGACCAAUUUUUAAAUGAUGUGAUUAUAGAUUUUUAUUUAAAAUAUUUAACUUUAGAGGUACUAUCAGAGUCCGAUCAACACAGGACUCAUGUGUUCAGUUCGUAUUUCUACAAACGCUUAACGAGCCCGCACGCCCAAGCUGCCGAAAGCAUCGUGCCAAUGACACCCGCUGCCAAACGACACGCUAGGGUGCAAAAGUGGACGAAAAAUGUCAAUAUAUUUGAGAAAGAUUUUGUCAUAAUUCCUAUCAAUGAACAUGCGCAUUGGUUUUUGGCUAUAAUUUGCUUUCCUGGGCUGGUCGGCAAAGUCUCUACGUGUGCUCCAAAACCUAACGGAGAUGAUGUUCAUAAGACUGCACAAAAGAGCAAGAAGAUGAAAGAAGGGAAAGCGAAAGCUGUGACGAUUGGCUCUACAACAAUAACUCCCGUGCCUGCAACUAUAACGAUAGACCCGGUGGAUGAUGGAUCUGAGAGGGAUGAAGCGGAAGGGGACGAUGAGGAAAUGGAAAUCGAUAGCGAUGAAGAGGACGAGAGUGAACAAUCUGAAGAAACUAAGCCUCAUCCCGACGUCAAAGUCGAGCAGAAGGAAAUUGUCAAAGUCCCCUGCAUAUUGAUAUUCGACUCGCUUGCUGGUGCUAGCAGAGCACGAGUGGUAGCAACAUUAAGAGAUUAUUUAACCUGCGAAUAUAUUGCCAAACUCGGUGUAGAAAAGACAUUUUCCAAGGAUACUAUUAAAGGCGCGUGUCCAAAAGUACCGCAGCAGUCGAAUUUCACAGAUUGCGGAAUGUACGUACUGCAGUACGUGGAAAGUUUCUUUAAGAAUCCGAUUACGGACUAUACAUUGCCAAUUAAAACGUUGAAGACGUGGUUUGAGGAAAUUGUCGUUACGAGAAAAAGAGAGGAACUAUCAAAAUUACUGAUCAAGUUGAUGAAUAACACUAGAGGAGAUAAGCUCAUUACUCUACCUACUGUCAACUUCCCUACACAAGACGGUAAAUUGAAACCCAAGAGUGAAAGUCCCGCUGAUGCGAAAGCUACGAAGCCGGAGCUGGAGAACAAGAGGAAGACUUCGUUAGACGCGGAGACGCGCAUUAGUAUGUCGAUAGUAGCGGAUAACGAAUCGAGUAACGAGUUCACUAGUAGAACUACUUAUCAGAUCAUUCCUUAUUCUACGUGCAUAAGUUCGAAUUCUGCUGAAAAUAAUUCAACGGAGAUGUUGACCGAGCAAAAGACUACGAGGAUAAUGCCUGGAUCAAUAGACUUGAUAGUAUCUACAGUGUACAUUGGAGUUACUAUUUGGAUGGCGUAUUGGCUACGGCUAUACGCGCUUUUUUACCUCCAUUCUUAUCCUCUCACAAAGAGGCUCGUCUUAGAAUUCAUAGCUACAGCAGAACUAUGUGGAGCAUGUUUUGAGCUCAUCAUAGUUGCGGACAAUUGGGGUGUAUGGAUGUACGCGCUUUAUUUGUUUCUACUAACGAUUUGGUGGUCGAUGCAUUGGGACGAGGCUUCAGCAUGUCCCUACACGCAUCUAGAAGACGUGGUCGCAGGUAAAAAGUCCCUCAUCAUCGCCUUCCUAACGAUAUGCGCGGAAUUGGCUGGCGGUCUCGCCGUAUUUAGAUACAUACGAAUGUUGUGGGCGUUCCAACUAGUUUCUACGCACAAGAACAGAGCUUACGGCGAUUGCAGUACGGAUUUACAGGUAUCCGCUAUAUUUGGAGCUAUUGUAGAAUGCAUUGCAACGUGCUUAUGCCGGGUAGUGUCUCGUGUAUUGGGCGAUUUAAAUCCGAGAUUCAGUACGGUCAUCGACGCCUUCGUAGGGACAUCUCUGGUAGUGGCAGCCUUUAAUUAUACCGGCGGUUACUUCAACCCCGCGCUGGCAUCUUCCCUUAAAUACGGUUGCCUGGGCACUUCGUCUAUGGAACACGUAAUAGUUUAUUGGAUCGGGUCAUGCCUCGGAUCUAUCAUCUCCUUGCGUGUAUACCGUAUGUCAUUCGUGCAAAAUUUCAUUCAAUUACAAGAAGAUGCUGUGUACUCUUAAAUAGGUCAGUUCACAGAAGGAUUGCAAGAGAAUUUAGGAAUUCAUUGUUCAAUUAAUUUAAUUAGUGCUUUCUGCUUCUUAAUAUUGUACAAAAAACCGCAAACGUACAAAUAAUGUGCCAAACGAUAGUGUUAUAUACAUUCCGAUUGCAAUUUUCGAAAAUAAUUGAACUUUCGCACAAUUCUGACUAUAUUUCAGAGAUAACAUAGGAAAUCGUUUCUCAAAAUGAGUAUAAACUGUGCGAAAAAGCAAUGAGACAGAACAGCGAACGCAAAAUUAAUUACAAUGUUUAUUACAAUUUAUCUUUGACGUAUAGUCUUGUGAAUGAAUCGGACUGAAGGCAUUUUCUCAUCUUUAACAAGUUUGCGUUUGCUAUCUCUGUUGUUUGUUCACUCAAUAUAUAUUCACUUCUGGACAUGCUUGAAAUUAUUGAAAUGUAUUGGUAAUUUAAGUUUUAAAGAAAUAUUAAAAAUAAAUUACGUUUUGAAAAU